AUGUUUUCGGAAGCCGCAGAUAGGCACCCGAAUACGGACAUGACAAGGCAAGACAGGGCAAGCAUGUUCUUCCGGCCCAACCUCGAGUCGGCCAACGUGGCCAGGCCCAACCCACCUAUGAGACAGCCCAAGCAGACCACGGAUAAUUGGUCCCGCGCACUGGAGGGACCAUUGGGAUACGGUGGAUGUGCACGCGGGGGAAUCCCACGACCACGAGGUCUCGGGCAAGCGGCACAUGUUGGUUUCGACUUGGCACGGUUUUGUGCAACUCCAUUUGGGGAAGGCGUCGGUGAAGAUGGUGAUGAAGUUUUGUUGUGCAUCGAAAAACCACGCGAACGAGACAAGGGCAAAAUGUGA